AUUUAAAAUUAUAAAAAAUUACUAGUUGUGAAAAGACGAUCCUGGGGCUGCUGAGACAAACUUCAAUUAAUUAGUCUUUACAGGAAGUACCGCAAGAAUUCCAGCGGCUGAUCCACGUCUGUAGUAGUUGUCUGAAUAUCGGAAUCCAAAGGUAGAAGGAAGAGUUGAAGACAAUGGUUAAGUCUACUGCUAAGGAUGCACAAGAUCUUAUCCGCACUCUUUGGUCUGCUUAUUCCGCAACCCCUACAAAUCUCAAGAUCAUUGAUCAUUAUGUUGUGUUCGCUGUCUUCACUGCCCUCAUCCAGGUAGUUUACAUGGCUUUGGUGGGAACAUUUCCAUUCAACUCCUUCCUGUCGGGAGUACUUUCUUGCGUUGGAACUGCAGUUUUGGCUGUUUGUCUCCGGAUCCAAGUGAAUAAAGAGAACAAGGAAUUCAAGGACAUUGCUCCUGAGCGUGCUUUUGCAGAUUUUGUUCUCUGCAAUGUGGUGCUCCAUUUGGUGAUCAUGAAUUUCCUUGGUUAAAUUGGGUUCAUGUAGCUUUGCUUGAUUCCAUUAGAACAGAACUCAUUGACUCAAAAGACGAAGAAAAAUAGAGCAGAGACCUGGGAUAGGAAAAAUAAUAGUAGUUGUACCUGGACCCUUUCCUUUUCCGGGAAUUUUGUUUGGACAGAGAAAUGCUAGGAGUUUACUUUGCAUUCUUUUAAAUGUUUGUUGAAUUUGAAUUACACAAGAUGUUCACAUCAACUAUCUAAAUCUGAGCAAGGUGUUCGCAUGUUUUAGUCUUCUGAACAAAUUUGAAUGAUCUGUUAUAACUGCCUUCUCCUGCAUCUAAAUGAAAGGAAUGUUGGAUUAGAGUACCUCCAACAAUGA